AAUAUAACCUCAAAGACUGCUCAGAACACCUCAGUUUCCGCCAGGUGUCACUCUAAAGGCUUAAUAGCCACACUUAAGGCCCCAUCUGGAGUUAACUUUCUCCCUAGUCCUGGUGAGACACAGGAGAUUUUCAGCCAUGGCAUCAUCUAUAUUCAACCUCAUGGCCAGCAUCAAGCAUACUUCCUUACAUUCCUUCUAGACAUUGUUAAUCAUCUACCAUCUCACUCUCCGCGUGGGUUGAGCCCCAUCCCACCAUCAUGCACUGAACAUGCCACCCACAUUUUGUUAAAAGCAUCCACGCACGAGAGGGGAGACACUCAUGAGGCCAGCCCCAAAGCUCAGAAUAUCCGUGGGACGCACCAAGAGAAUUCUAGGAAAGGGACACUAUGGUUACUGGAGGAGGAGGAGCUCUUAGUAAAGUUAAAGAGGGAUCAGAGUCUCUAUUGGUCAGACAUAAUAAGAUUAUUCUCUGAACAAUAUCCAGGAAGAACUCAAGGUUCUAUUCAAGUAUACUAG